GGCUCACCGGUCCGCGCGGCUAAAAAGGUUGGGGACCGCUGAACUAAAGGACACAUAUUAGAAAACCUAAUGCAGUUUCUUCCACGGUGAGAUUCUGACACUGGGAAGAGGUUGCUGGUUUCUCAUAGUCAGAAUCUGGUUGCAAACCUCCUAUACUCUCACGCCAACCAACUUCAGGUCCUCUUUCACCAGAUCUAUAUCCUUUUUGGUCUUCCUCUAGGCCUCCUGCCCAGGCGUUCUACACUAAAAUGGACUGAAAUGCCACUCAGCAAGUAAGAAGUCAUUAGUCCAUACAAAGGAACAAGGACCUUCAUUUUUUAUAGCCAUAUCCUGUGGUCCAGUAUUACUAAAGCUAGCUAGAGAAAAGGGGGAAGCCAGCCAGUUUUCGAGCACCAUUGUAAAAGUUAUGUAUUGCAGGCAGCAGAAACAUGUUAUGUGGGUGUUUUGUUGCAGGAGGGACUGGUGCACUUAAAAUUUCUCUAGUAUUUGGCAGGAUUGCCAUUUAAUUUUGAUGACUUAGGUAAAAUGUUUUGAGAAUUCUUCGGUAAAGCUAAAAUAUUGGCCCAUUCAUCCUGGGCUACCUGUUUAAAGGCCACACUCACUUUUUCAAGCGGCUUCUAUGUCCAUCCUGCCACUCUAGGGCAAAGGUCUGAUUGUUUGCAUUGUUUUUCUGUUUUUGUUUUUUGUUUUUAUUGAAACCAUUGUUGCCUAUCCAGCUCAAUUGCUGUGAUUACAGUCACUAGAUGGUGCUAAAGGAGAACCUGAUGCGACAGACAGCUGGUGUUUAUUUAGAUUCUGCUGAUCCAUUGUCAUGGUAACCAAACAUUUCCCUUACCAGAUCGCAAUCAGUUUUUCUUCUGAGUUUCUUUGUCAGAUCAUGGAAACUAAAGUAACCGGUAAAGUGUUUAUAUGCAGAUUUGUCAAGUUACAUAAUUUAAAAACACAUUUCCUGGGAUAUUGACUGAGAUUAAUUCCCACUUUGUUGUACCAAAAAGUUGGUAACCUAUGUUAGAACUAUAAAUGUCCUUGGAUAUUUAAUCAACAUUGUAGCUCCUCCUGGGUGUUAUCAAAAAAAUAAAUCCAUCCCACACAGUGAGAGGUCAGGUGAUCAGCUAAUCCCCUGAUCACCUGGGGAUCACCAGCUCCAUAUGCUGGACAGACGCUCAGCUCAGCAGCCUUUCUGAGCAGAAGAGACUUUCAACCAGUGGAGGAACUGAGGUCUAGUUCCUUUUACAAUGGAGGAACUGAGGUCUAGUUCACCUGCUCCCUGUCUGGAUGUGAACCUCUCUGAACCGCCUGGAGCUGGUAAGAGCAGCGGCGUCAUAAUAAGUCCCCACUCGCUGGAGUCCAGGACUCAGCCAGGUAUUAAACCGGUUCAGCUGCUAAUUAGAUCUCUGAACGAGCUGAUUGCAGGGCAGCAGGCUGCCCCUUAUGAGGCCAUGAAGACUCUGCAUGAAUCCUACGAGAAGGAACGAUCGAAGCUUUUCCCUAUGCCUUUGUGCAGCAAGGAGCAGGAGAGGAUUAUUCAAGCUGAAAGGAGCAAAUGCCUAAGAAGAAAUGCAGCCUCAAGCUCUGAAGUUGUACCGAAGGUGAAGAAUCACUCAGCAGAGCCAGUUGUCUAUGCAGACCUUUGCUUCAAAGCAAAAUCCGGUUCCUCUGUUUCUGCAAAGAGAGACCCAGAGAGGAGCACAAUCAGCAGCUUCAGUCUGGGAGAUCUGAGAUACUCCCCGUCUGCUGAGAGGCAACUGCAGAAGAUCACCUCAGAAAUAAAGAGGAAGACAUGCAUCACCGUGUCAGAGAGGGAUCGCAAGAUAGCAGCUCUGAUGCUGGUCAAGCAUCGGGAGGAGCAGGAGCGCCUGAAGCUCUGUCAGCAGGAGGAACAGGAACGACAGGAGGCCCGCAGGAGGGAGGAGGCCAGGCAGUGCCACGCAGAAAAAGAACGAAGGAGGAGGCUUAAGCAGAGGAUGAAACAUUGGCACAAGGAGCUGGAGGCCCGCAGGAGGUUGAGGCUGCGGCUGGAGCAGGAGAAAGCAGCACAGCUCCAGCAGGAGAUGCUGCUCCAGGAGAACCAAUGGAGAAAGCUGAAGGAAGUGGUUGAGGUACAACGCAGAGAGAAGCUGGAGGCUGCUCUGAAGGAGGCAAAGGAGCGUAAAAAAUACCAGGAGAGGUUGCUUAGGGAGAAAAUGGAGCUGGAGAAAAGGGAGCUUGAGAAGGAGAAGCAGGCGGCAGAAGAGAAGGAGGAGAAGGCCUGGAGGACCAGAGAGCUGCAGGAGAAGAGGGAGCGGAAAAAGCUGCAGGAGGAGAAUCACAGAGAGAUGCUGUGUCACAUCCUGCUGAAGAGGCAAGCAGAGCAGAAGAUGGAGGAAGAUGAAACGCAGAAGAGGAAUUUGCUGGAGAAGAAGCUGCAGCGUUCCUCUGAGAAACAAGCCCGAGCUGCAGAGGCACAGCACAGGCGGCUGCGGGAGCGAGCUGCCGUGCAGGACGUCCAGAUCCAAAGAGCACAGAUGAGGGCCAAGCUGCAGAGUGUCCAGGAGCUCACGCACAAGCAGAUCCUGGUCCAGCAGAGCCAGCGUCGCAUGGAGAGAGCCUCCCAGAACGCCUCGGCGCUGCGCAGGAGCCGCACUCAGCAGAGACGAGAACAGAGCAGACACAGACAGGUCUGUCACCAGCAGCUGAGUGAGAAGAUCCAGAGAGAGGAGGAGGCCAGCAGGAGGUGCAGAGAGAGCUACGUCUGCAUGAAGGAGGGGAAGAGGGAGAGGCUGCAAAAACUGAGGGAGCAGAUUCAGGAGGAGGCGCAGAGGCUGGUGCAGGCCUCCUUUCACUUGAGGGACAGGGUCAGGCAGCAGACACACAGCCGGACCUUCCACCAGAUGGCCCUGGAGGCUAAGCUGACUGCCUCCAUGAGCAGAAUCAAACUCUAAAACAACUCAGGAUUUUUUUUUAGAUAUUUAAUUAUUUCCUUACAGCACAUUUAAGUUUGUAUGUAGAUUUACUGUAGCAGGGCAAUUUGUAAGUGCUGCAUCAUUGUAAAGUGGAAGGAAUUGUUUCCAAAACAAUUUUUAAAGAAAAACAUCCAAAUUGUGGGAUGUACAUGUUGCCAACCCCUUUACUCUGCUACACCUGAAUAAAAUCCACUCUAAGUGCCUUAAAAAUAAAAACACUUCAUCAUUACUGAAUUUAUUCUCAGUAUGGAACACUAUGUUUGAACUACAAACACGGCAGAACAUCAAAGCUGAGAUUAGGCAAUGAGGGCAUUUCUUCAGGUUUUUACAAAUCACAACUUUUUCCAUGAAGGGUUUUAGGCUCUUAUCCCUAGAUAAGGUGAGAUGGUUUCUGAAAAUAUACUGGCUUUUUAACCCAGUGAAAAAGCAAAAAUUUCAAAUUCUUCUGGAUUUAAAAUCCUUCGUCUUGGGAAUAAAAAAGAAAAAUAUCCUUUUGUAUCAGACUAGAGGUCUGCAACCCUUACAAUUCAAAGAGUAAUUUCUGCCCUAAGUGUAGAUAAAUAAAACUUGCCUCACUAAAGCUUUAUCCUUCUGUAGAAAUCACAUAAACUUCCUUACUGUAACAGCUAGAUAAGAGAAAGGAUUUCUAUGCAGUGUAGCCAGUUGCAAUGGACAUUUUAUAACCUCGGUUUCUACGUGGAAUACGGUAAACACUUACUGAGUCACAGAAAUACCAACAUUUACGAUUUCAGUCUGCUUAUAAAAUGUAACAAAAUAUCCUUCAAGUUAUAUUUGAUUAGUUUACAUCGUGUCUCACCUUAUUUCACCUAUUUAUUUACUUGCGUCAUUUAUGCCUGUUAAAAUCAUAAAUAUUCAAUAGGAAAGAAUUAAGCGGCCAGCAUUUUCACUGCAGAGCUGAAUACAGGUCAAUCUAAAAGCUGUAUUUAGAUGUUGCAAAGAAAACUUGAAACUAGAGAGAAGGUUCAACUUCCAGCAGAACUACAGUAAACAUAAAGUCAGAGCUGUACUGGAAAGGUUCAGAUCAAAGUACUGAAUAUGUUACAAUGGCCCAGUCAAAGUCCAGCCCUAAACCCAACUUUAACGCUCAACUUACAGUCUGAAUGAGCUUGAACUUUUUUCAACAAACAUUUUUUUUUCUUCUAGUUUUCAGAUGUGUACAGCUGGUAGAGACAGAUGUACAAAAACAGAUACUGCUUUUAUUUGUAAAAAAA